UUUCAGUGUUCUUAGUCUCAAAUCGUUCAGAUCCAGUUGCUUGACAUGCAUCAUAUUUGCACAUUUCUUGUUAUAUUACAUCAAAAUUUUAGUACAAGCAAACUAUUUAUAUAUACACAUAACCCUGUAAUACCCAAAUACAGAAAAAAAGAAAAGCAACAUGCAUUUUAGGAAUUAAUACAUCUUUCAACAUGGAGCACUAAAACACAUAUGAGACAAGGUGGCAGAAAAUAAAGAAACCAGAAGAGUGUAAAGGUGUUAACAGGGGAAGUGGUUGUAUUAGAUGAUUGAAAGGCUGGUGGGUGGAAGUGAUGAAAAACAAAAAACCAGGAAUCAAAGCUGAACUGUGACAUCAAUGCAAUUAAUUAGUUAAUCCUGCUUGUAGAGCUUCCUUAUCAGCAUGAAAAGUGUAUAAAUCAUGCAACAAAAAUAGCUCUGGCUCUUAAAAGAGGCUGGUCAUAUAGAGAAAAUAGAUCCCCUACAAAUACUAUAGAUCCAUCUUGGGAGCAGAGAGUUAAACUACAAUCAAACAUUUGCAUUUGUUGUUAAUCUGGAUUGCGUCAUGUCUUCUGUUUUCCUUGUUGUUCGUGUUAAGCAAUUUCCUUACUGAGAUUUACUGUAGAUUUGGUUGAGAUAAUCAGAAGUGAGGAACACUACAGUGUCCUUUUGCUUCACCUUUCAGAGAGGAUGACUAAACAUAUUUCCCAACACUUGCCAGGUGUUUCCCAAUUUCGAAAUUUCCAGCAGCUACUUACUCCAUGUUCCUUCCUGGCAUGCUGCAACUCGUUUAAGCAGGAUACUGGGUAGAAAUGAUGAAAUGUGACUUCCUGCUACACACAUUUUUUACAUUUUUACUCAGGCAAGCAAGAUACAAGAUACAAGACACUUCAACCCAACACUCUGAAACAACAGCAGAUUUGAGAGACUUUCUUGAGGCGAGGUUGUCAAAAUGCAGAGUGUCAAAUGUGUGAUUGUUGGAGACAGUGGAGUAGGAAAGACCUACCUGCUCCAUACCUACAUCAAUAACGUCUAUCCGAGGGACUACAUACCGUGUUUCUAUGAGACAUACAGCAGAGAGGUCAGUGUAGGCAACCAGCAGGUCAGUCUGACUCUCUGGGACUCGGCCGGCAGGGACGACUAUGAACAUUUUCGCCAGCUCAUCUAUAACAAAGCAGAUGUCAUCAUCAUCUGCUUCUCCAUUGCUGACCCAACGUCCUAUGAAAAUGUGAAGCGAAAAUGGUACCCAGAGGUGAAACGCCAUUGCCCUGAUGUGCCUUUUGUCCUUGUGGGAACUAAGAGUGACCUGCGAGAUGAUCAGGAGGUUCUGGAGACACUGAAGAAGCAGAAUCAGACCACAUUGACCCAGCAGGAGGGAAUUACAAUGGCAAAUCAGAUACAGGCUGUUAAAUAUCUUGAGUGUGCUUCAAGCAAUCAGGAGGGACUGAAUGAGGUGAUUGAUGAGGCUGUGCGGGCCUUUCUCAGCCAUUCAGUUACCAAAGAAAAGUCAUGUAUUCUCAUGUAGGUUAAGAUCCCAAACAAAUCCUUUAUUUUGAAAUGAUUAAGGAAAUCUUAGAAUAUGCUUUUGAGUUUAUUUCAGUGUAUAAAUAAUCUAUGUGCUGGUGUAAGCUACCAGAACAUCUUAGUACCUUGUAUGCACUUGGUCUUGUAUGUGAAUACCACAAAAGUAUCCAGUUUGACUUAAAAAAAAUAUUUAAAAGACUAUGCUAGUUACAUUAGUUAGCUCAUCAAACUGUCCACAUAAAUAAUUACUUAGUUUAUUAUGAUUACCACAAACACUGAAAACUCUGUCCAUGUGUGAUGACAGUCUAAUUACUACUUUAUCAACAGUAAAAAUAAAAAUGUCUCGAAAACUGUGAUGAUUCACGUCUGACUGAAGAUUCCUACAUUACAGCUAGAAGCAACAAACUUAACAUCAACUCUAUGAAUGUUUUGUGGGUGAAAAUAACUAAAUAAAAUAGAUUGCAUCAACUAUUUCUGAGCAUCAUUAAUUAAGCUGUUGUGUGUCAGUUUUUAUCACAGUAACAUGUUCCUUUCCUGAACUUUUCUUUUUGUAAUAAAUUUGAAAAUGUAGAGCAAAGUUAAUGAGAAGGUUAAUUUUGGUACACAAACUGUGUCUUUUGCUCUUUUUGAUAUCUUUGCACCAGUUUUAGUGAUGGAAUCCAUAAAAAUCCUUCCUCAAAUCGCUUCACACAUCUCAAAGUAUGUUGCUUGUGCAUGACGGCUACAUGUUCAUGUGACAACAUGCAGCUCAGACUUGUUGUGUUGAAAAUGAUAUGCAAAACUUGCUAGUUCUGACUUAGUAAGAUUGCCAUUGUGACUUUUACGGGAAAGUGCACUGGGUGCUUGUUCAGACUUGAAGCCGACAUGCUGAGAUGUUGUCAGAUGAAUGGAAAGGAGUAAAUGUCUGAAAGGAGCUUAAUUAAGAAAUAAAGCUGUAGUCCAUUUCAGUUCGGACAUUGUUUGUUCAUUUUGUUGUGACUUGGUUUUUAAUAAAGUAUGAAGUCUUUUUGAUCAA